UAUCGUAUCAUAAUAUAUAUGCAAUUCAUGUGAAACAGCUGAUUAAGACAGACUCGCAUAUUCUGAAAAAAUAUAGUUAACUGUAAUAAAAACAAAUGGCUGAAGCCGAUACGAACUCCGCAGCUAGCGGUGAGGAAAGGAAGCUGUUCGAUAUAUUUUUAAGUGGUUGGAAUCUCUUCGACGAGCUCGAAGUAACAGAUUUGCCAUUUAAUGGCACCGAGUUUCAGAACAAAGUUAAGAGUGCUAUGAGCCAUUUUGAGGAAGCCACCGUUAUUGUCAAUAAAGUGUCCAUGUUCAGUGCCAACGAGCUAAUUGAUGAGGUGUCCACAGAAUCCCUACCAUUCAUGCUAUUGCCCUACUUUCUGGGCAAGCUGACGACCAAGAUCAACAAGCCUAACGACUUGGAAAUCCUGGACUUAGGCGAAAUCUAUUUCAAGGAUCACUUACAACGCUGUCAGGAAUACGAACUUUGCGAAGCUCCCAAAUCCAAACAGGAAGACAGUCAAGUUGCUGGUGGUCAGCAAAAGAGCGAACAUCGCGAACUAUUGGAGGCCGCAUACAAUAGAAAUGACAAAAUCGCUCAAUAUCGAAAGAUGAAAGAAAUCGACGAGUACAUGGCACGCAUGCGCACUGCUGUCAAAAGCAAAACUGCUGACGAUGAGGUGCGCAGAGAGUUCUUCCUCAAAUAUUUGGACAAAAGCAUCAUAGAUGCCAAGCAGGAGCUUGAGAGUUUGCGAAUGAUGAAACAAAUGGCAAAAAUGCGUUUGGACCGCAUGACAGGGAACGAACCGACUGGCGAACCAGAUUCAUUCACAUGCUCCAUGAGGCCAGCAGUAGCAGAGCCUACGCAAGGAAACGGACACACUCAUGGCCCUGGACAUCAUCAUCAUCAUAAACAUUAUGCCAACCAUCAGCAACAGCAAGCACCGAAGCCGAAGCCGUUACAACCUUUUAUCAUAACACGCAAUGCAACACAAAAAGCCGUCUUUGGCUUAGGCUAUCCAAGUCUCCCGAUUAUGACUGUGGAUGAGUUCUAUCAGCAGCGCGUUGCAGAUGGCAUAUUUCCCGAUGAAGAGAAAGUGGCCAAGAUGAAUCAAGCACAAGCCAUAGCCGCAGCACGCGAUCCCAACGAAAAAGAGGAUGAGGAACAGGCAGUCGUCGAAGAGCAGGAGGAAAUUGAUGACCCCGAGUACUUGGCACGCAUGAGGCGCAUGGAUGAGUACAAGGAUGUUGUGCGUCGUGGCGAUGGCAAUCGCCAUAAUCGCAGCUAAUUUAUCUUAUAUAUCCCAUAUGUAUUUUUUACUUCAUACAAACAAUAAUAAAGCUCAGUUUAUCUAACGUUUUGAAUAUUAA